AUGGAUGCCAUAAGUCAGCCCUGUCAUCAGAAUGACAUCUCCGAGAAGGAGCAACGGUGGGGAGCCAAGACCAUUGAGGGCUCUGGACGCACAGAGCACAUCAACAUUCACCAGCUGAGGAACAAAGUGUCAGAGGAGCAUGACAUCCUCAAGAAGAAGGAGCUGGAGUCGGGGCCUAAAGCAUCCCAUGGCUAUGGGGGUCGGUUUGGAGUGGAAAAAGACCGGAUGGACAAGAGUGCCGUGGGCCACGAGUAUGUUGCUGAUGUGGAGAAACACUCAUCUCAGACUGAUGCCGCCAGAGGCUUUGGGGGCAAAUAUGGAGUUGAGAGGGACCGAGCAGACAAGUCUGCGGUGGGCUUUGACUACAAAGGAGAAGUGGAAAAGCAUGCAUCUCAGAAAGAUUACUCUCAUGGCUUUGGUGGCCGCUACGGGGUAGAGAAGGAUAAACGGGACAAAGCAGCUCUAGGAUACGACUACAAAGGAGAGACGGAGAAGCACGAGUCUCAGCGAGAUUAUGCUAAGGGCUUUGGUGGCCAGUAUGGAAUCCAGAAAGACAGAGUGGAUAAGAGUGCUGUCGGCUUCAAUGAAAUGGAGGCCCCAACCACGGCGUAUAAGAAGACAACACCCAUAGAAGCUGCUUCCAGUGGUGCCCGUGGGCUGAAGGCAAAAUUUGAGUCCAUGGCUGAGGAGAAGAGGAAACGAGAGGAAGAAGAGAAGGCACAGCAGAUGGCGAGGCAACAACAGGAGCGAAAAGCUGUGGUAAAGAUGAGCCGAGAAGCCCAGCAGCCAUCCGUGCCUGUGGAAGAGCCAGCAGCACCAGCCCAGUUGCCCAAGAAGAUCUCCUCAGAGGUCUGGCCUCCAGCAGAGAGUCACCUACCACCAGAGUCUGAGCCUGUGAGAAGCAGAAGGGAAUACCCUGUGCCCUCUCUGCCCACAAGACAGUCUCCACUGCAGAAUCACUUGGAGGACAACGAGGAGCCCCCAGCUCUGCCCCCUAGGACCCCAGAAGGCCUCCAGGUGGUGGAAGAGCCAGUGUACGAAGCAGCACCUGAGCCAGAGCCAGAGCCGGAGCCAGAGCCAGAGCCUGACUAUGAGGAUGUUGGGGAGUUAGAUCGGCAGGAUGAGGAUGCAGAGGGAGACUAUGAGGAUGUGCUGGAGCCCGAGGGCACACCUUCUCUGUCCUACCAGACUGGACCCUCAGCUGGGGCUGGUGAUGCUGGGAUCUCUGCUAUAGCCCUGUAUGAUUACCAAGGAGAGGGAAGCGAUGAGCUUUCCUUUGACCCAGAUGAUGUCAUCACUGACAUUGAGAUGGUGGAUGAAGGCUGGUGGCGGGGCCAAUGUCGUGGCCACUUUGGACUCUUUCCUGCAAACUAUGUCAAGCUCCUCUAAUGACCAGCCCACUGCCUUCCAACUCCCCGCAUUCGAAGCUGCUCUGUCUCCCUCUUCCCACUCCAUGGUACUGCUGCAAGGACCUGACUGAACAUCAUGGGAUGCCUGAAGUUCUGGCAGUCUGUCUCCUGCCUCUUUAAGAGCUUUAGGUGGAACCGCUCGAG